AUGUACAAGACAACGUUGAGAGCGACUUUUGGCGGCGAAGGAAGUUGGGUGAAGAAGAAGACUAAGACUCAUGGCUUGCCAGAACAGGUACAGGUCACUGAAGCAAUGCUGCACGCUCCAGUGCCCUCUGGAGCAUCGGACAAGCCAGAGAUCCGCCGCGUGUACAAGCAUCCCUUUAAGACCCUCAAGGCAAUCUUCGGUACCGACGCGUACAGCGAAGGCGAGGUCUCGAAGACCAUCAAGUGGAAUGCAUUCGUGCGGGCCAUGAUUCGGACGGGAUUUGCAGCUGAGAAACUUCAAGGUUCGACCUGGCGGUUCAUUCCCCACGGCAAUACUGUCAUCGAGCGGAGCAUCCAGUUCCACGAGCCUCAUCCUGGUAGCGACAUCCCAUACAGCAUGGCCCGCCGUUUUGGCAGGAAGCUUGAACGCGUUUACGGGUGA